GUCAUCAACGCAGAUACAGACGCCAUAACUGUUACUGAUUAAGUGAUUAUUUUGGAAAUUUUCGCCUUUGUUUUAUUUUUUUAACGGAAAACGAUCGCAAAAUAUGUUUUAGCAAUUGGAAAUUUCAAUGGCGUAACUACACAUUAGAUAUACUUGCCACCACAUUUACACAAAAAUAAUUUCUGCUUAUAUUCUAAUUUUGUGUGCUCUGCAUUUGGUGUGUAUAUUAUUGAAGAGGUUUUAAUGAAGGAAAUUUGUCUGCCUAUUUCCAACAUCUUGUAGAUUGUUAUGAUAGCCAAAAGCAUGGCCAAAAGGUAUAAAUGAAGCAGCGUCUAUCUUUCUACUUCUAGUUCUGAAGAGGAAAUCCCUACGUCAGAAAUUCAUAUACAUGCUUGGAUGCUUCCCACUAUAUUCAAGGUUACUUCCAUUUACGCUUCCAAUUUUAUUUAGAAAUAACCAGAGCACUAAGUUUAUUGUUUCUUACUGGUAUUUCAAAUUUUGUGCUUCUUCCAAGGGUAGUUUAAGUCUUCUUUAAGUCUCACUUAGUCAACGGUAGUUUAAGUUGACAUUGUAAUCUAAAAUGUCAAAGUGAAAGCAAAAGGAUGUUGUGGGACCAAGACAAAGAUCUAGAAGAGUUAGAACAUUUAUUGAAGAACAUACGCAUUUAUUGGAAGAAGAAGUAAGUGAUGCGGUUGAUGAACCUAAUGAUGCGGUUGAUGAACCUAAUGAUGCAGUUGAUGGCAGAACUCUAAGUGUUGCUGAAUUAGAAAAUGUUAUCCCACUUGCUGUUUCCAUCGACGAUGUGUUAGGUAAUGAUGAAUUUCAUGAAACAAUGGCCGAUGGAGUUGAGAAUGAUGAUUAUCAUUCCAUCCAUUCAUCCAUCCAUAGCAGUUCAGAAUCUGAUGUUAACUUUCUUGAAGAAGUCGAUUCGGAUUCCGAAACUUUUUCGGACUUUGACUUUGAUUUUUGUAAAGCUCUGAAUUUUGAUGAAAACUUAGUUGAUGAUGUAGAUGAUUGGGAAGUAGAUUCGGACAUUGACAACGAUUUAAACGCAAUCGACAACCAGAAUUUAUUUAAAAGACGCCUUUGUCAUUGGGCAGUAGAUUCGAAUGUAGCGAGGGAAAGCGUCAAUAAGCUCUUACAAGUUUUGAGAACCGACCCUUCUAAUUCUUUUCUACCUAAAACGUACAAAACUUUGCUAGGCACUCCUCGAAAAGUUCAUGUGAUUGCUGCAAGCCCGGGAUUUUAUUACGGGUUUACUAUUUUGGAUGGGAUUGUAUGUUCUUUAAAUUCAAUUAACGUUACAUUUUCUUCGAACAGUCAUGAACUCAAGAUGUUAGUUGGUUGUGAUGGGACGUCAUUUGGAAAGAGCACAAAUAGUCAGUUGUGGCCUAUACUUGGUAAAGUUUGCAUGGACGGAGCGCAAUGUUUUGACAUUGGUUUUUAUCAUGGGCACGCAAAGCCAGAUGAUAUAAAUUCUUAUCUGAAACAUUUUUGUGACGAAAUUUCUAAAUUUAUGAACGAGGGUUUUCAAUUCAAGGGGUGUCACAUUAAAAUUAGAGUAGAAUCUUUUUGUUGCGACGCUCCCGCUUCUAGUUUUAUUAAAAAUGUCAAGCCUUGUGGAGCGUAUUAUGGGUGCAUGAAAUGCGAAGUUGAAGGUGUUUAUGUACGGAACAAAUCUGGCAAAGGCGGUAGGGUAACCUAUCCCGAAAUAGAUGCGAUAUUGAGAACUGACGAAUGUUUUCGUGAUCGAGAUCAAAUUAAUCAUCAUAGUGGAUUUUCUAAUUUGGAAAAUUUGUCGAUCAAUAUGGUUGACGACUUUUGCAUAGGACUUUUCCCACCGGAUUGGUACCAGGGAGCCGUCUUUGCUGGAACGGCCGAAGACCGUGCCCGGCACCUUUUUUUCUUCACCCCUACCAUGAAGCGCCAACUGGAAGACUGCAAAACAUGGUUCAUGGACGCAACCUUCUAUUUUGUUGAUGAACCCAUCAAACAGCUCUUCACAAUCAACGGAUUCAUCAAGAACGACAAAAACGAAAUUAAACAAAUCCCCUUAUUGUUUUGUUGCAUGACCAGGAGAAGGGCAGCCGACUACAGCGCUGUAUUCCAGAAGAUUAAGGAAAUUAUCCCACUGCCAAGAGUCCAGCGGAUCGUGACCGAUUUCGAACGCGCUAUAUUCACGGCUGUCCGCAAGCACUUUGUUGAUUGCCAGCACUUUGGCUGCAAUUUCCACUGGUGCCAAGCCGUUCUGAAAAAGGUCAGGGAUCUUCAUCUUGCCACCAUAUACAACAACAAGGGGCCGAAUCCAGUUCGAGACUUUGUGUUUCGCCUGCUAUGCCUCGCAUAUCUUCCUGCUGGUAAAAUUCCUGGAGUGUUCGACGCAUUGAAGAGCUCGGCACCUAGCGAACUUACGGCACUAAUGGAUUAUAUGGAGCGGAAUUGGAUUCGGGGCAAGUUUUGGACUCCGGAUAACUGGUCAUGCUUCAACUUGUUAACGCGCACAAAUAACGACUGUGAAGGAAUGCACCACCAAUGGAACAAGUUGGCAGGCGGAUCAAAUCUAAAAUUCUACAAGAUGACGAUGGUAUUGCGGAAACUGGCCGAAGACGUUUCCCUUACCAGCACGCUACUCUGCCAUGACAAGAUCAAAGCUCACCGGAAGAAGGACACCCAACUGAAGAAUUCCAUACUGUUCCAGAUAUGGGCCCGAUACCAAAACAAUGAGUUAUCAACAAUGGAUCUCCUAGAAGAAAUUGUAAAAGAGCUGAAGUCAUCCUUUCCCUCCGUCGUAUCCUCACACGCCCUUAAUAUUGCAAAUAAUAAUUUUAAUGAUGAACUUGACAUGUCUGUUAAUGAAUUACCUUAGUUUGUUUGCUUUCCCUAUUACCUACCUUAGUGUAUUUUAUUUCUUUUGUUUCACUUUUUACUCUUUUUAUUUUACCUUAGUGUUUUUGUUCUUUUGUUUUUAAAUUGACAUAAUUUUAAAUAAAUUGACUGAUUAUCUAAA